AUGGCAAUGGCAGCAACGCAUCUGGAGCUGAACCUGGUGCGGCUGCUGAGCCGCUGCAAAGCACUGGUGGCUGAGCGCUGCCACCCGGGUGCUGCAGUAGCUUGCUGCAAGGCUGCCCCUGAGUUGAUGAAUGAAUACUCCUGCAAAGUGAAUUUCUUAAAGGGACAUCUGGAAGCUGAAAAAUGGUUGUCAUCAACUGAGAAGGCACUGGCAAAUGAGUUCCUGACUCCAGGACAAACUACUACGACCAAAGAGCAAACCCCAGCCACUAAAACAGUUGACCUGCGGAUGAAAGCUCGCUGUACGGACAAGAUGAGGAGCGAGCUGCUCGGCGCACCUUUCUGCCUUGUUCUCUGUAGAGGACUUGCACCUGAUGAGAAACAGUCGGCAACGGAGCUGGAUGCCGUGUUGCAGCACCAUCAGAACAUCCAGGAGAAGUUAGCAGAAGAAAUGCUGAGUUUGGCUCGCAGUCUCCAAAACAACACUUUGGCAGCACAGAACAUUAUUAAACAAGGUAAUCAGACGUUGUCUCGGUCCCUCAGGAUGGUGGACCUGAACUUUGAGAAGCCGAAGGAUGAGUCUGAACGUCUUGAGCAGCAUGCAGAGAAAUCUGUCAACUAGUUGCUGUGGAUAAUGCUAAUCAUAGUGUAUUUUAUUUUUAUCAGCAUGAUCCUCUUUAUGAGAAUUUUCCCUAAACUGAGAUGACUGCCACAGUGCCUAUGAGCACUGUGUGAAAGGCCGGGCUGUGUUGCACACGUGGAUUAUCACCCACUCAUUUCCUCUACUAGGCUGAUAAACAUUGGCUGCGGAGCAGCCACCAGUCACUGGUCUCGUCUCAGGGAGGAUCUGUCAGACUAAUUCUGUAUCCCUUCCUGUGCCUUUGCUGGACUCACUGGGACACCUUGUAGAGGAGGUUUGCUGAGUCAAACCCCCAGUAAACCUUUUCAUUCGGUUACUGUUGCUGUUUUCUUGAGAGAACUGGAAUAAAGUGUUGAUGGUGCAUCCCAGCAAA